UACCGUGAGUUUAGAAAAGACACUCAUGAAAGCCCGAUUAAUCUCCUUUUUGGCCUUUGGAAAUAGUUGAUGUGAGGGGCGGCAGCGUCUGCGCGCCGCCCCGUCAGCUGACACAAGUAAACAAACAAACACUUGUCCGCCUCUCCCACCCUCAGCUGAACAGCCAGGACAUAUAUAUGACAGAAAGAUGUCAUCCCACAAAUUUGAACUUCUGGACGAGGAGGUAGAGGCUGCCUUGGACCAGGUGACUGAUAAGUUACAGUUUGGUGUGCCACAAUGCAAAAGUCAAGAGGAACGCAAGGCUUUACUGUCAGAGAUUCAGACCCUACUGAAGGAUGCUGGUGAUUCACUCUUGGAGAUGAAUAUUGAAGUUCGAAAAGCUCCAGAAGAUUACAAGACUACAAUGAACAGUAAAAUUCAUCGAUAUCAGAAUGAACUUACAAGGCACCAGCGUCAGGUGGAUCAGGAGCAAUCAACACUCUCCCACAUGAGCGGCAGAUUGCCAUUGUUCUCCAACGCUGAAUCCAACAGUUUUGAUGCUGCCAUUAGAAAACAGGUUCAGCAUGGAACAGCAAUUCUUGAGCGAACAUCAGCCAGUAUAGCGCGCUCCACUGUCAUAGCUGUGGAGACUGAGCAAGUGGGAACUGAGGUUCUUGGAGAGCUGGGCACCCAGAGGGAGACAAUCACUCGAACGAGAGACAGGCUUGUAGACGCUGAUGGAGAAAUAAGCAGAAGCAAAAGAAUCAUUAGAUCCAUUUCCCGUAAUGUUGUCUAUAACAAGAUUCUGUUGAUUGUUAUCAUUUUGCUAGAAUGUGCAAUUCUAGGUGCACUUAUCUACUGGAAAUUUUUUAUGAAAUAAUCUUACCCAAGUUUAUAGUCAUUUGCAUCUGGAAUGAUGUGCAUCUGGAAUGAUGUGCAUCUCUAAGGCUGGUUUACAUUUAAAAUAUAUCAGCAUUUUUAUAUAACUUUCUCACAUUUAAGUCGUAAAGUAAAAAAAAAUAUACAUUUGUAUAAAAACUAAGGUGAUAAGGUUUUAAUGAUAAAAUAGAAAUAUUAUCAACUAUGUAAGCACUUACACACACACACACACACACACACACUUUUAUGACUGGGCCCAUUGCUGCUUGAGGUUGUCUUAAUGGGCUUUAGUGGGUAACCACAACAUGUGAUGGCACAGCCACAUUUUAUUUUUCUUGUUUGCUUUGUGUAUUACUUGAAAUAUAAUUGGAUUUUA